GUACUGAAGCAUGAGUCCGGACGCGGGCUUCAGGUGCUCAUGAGACAAAUGAACGAGACUCACCAGGUGCUUCACGCUGCACCUGGGAGGGGGUCGCGGCUCGUGCCCUGCAGCCAGACCGUCGCCUGGAGCCGCCGCCUCCGCUAUGCUCUUGAUAGGCGUCACUCCUCUGCUUCUCUGCUGCGGCGCCUCCACCACAGCUGUAGCCCUCCGUCGGCGCCCCCCACGGUACCUGUCGGGGACGCUUUGACGCCUGAGUCGAGAACACAACCGCGCGAAAUCCUGGACAAGUCAGUUUUGAAGAUACUUCGUAAAUACAUGGACCAAGGACUGCGUGACUAACACACCCAUGCAGCAGCUUCCAGUGUGGGUUAUGAAGCCAGCCGUGGAUUAAAUCAAAAGUCAGACAGUCCGUGGAUGAGAAAAGACCAAGUUAAACUCUGAGACUGAAUACCAUGUGGAGGAACUGUUCAUAGGAGACUUGGAUGAUGCCAUCCCGAUCAGUGUCGUGCUGACUGAAGAGCUGUGUCAAAUUCU